AUUCCCUUAAAGUCUAAUCUACAAUCGUAUUCUCAGGGAUUGUUCCCACAGCCCUCAACAGCAGAGUUGAGAGAUCUAAGAACUAAUGCUCUGCAGCAGACACCUACCCCCCUUCAGACAGAGUCAUGGAGGAAGUGUUCAUUAAAAGGUCGCAGCAGAAGAAGAAGACCUCCCCACUAAACUACAAGGAGAGACUGUUCAUUCUGACUGACACCAAGAUCUCGUACUAUGAGUAUUUCAGUGAGCGGAUGAAACGGGGAGGCAAGAAAGGUUCGAUUGAGCUGGACAAGAUCAAGUGCGUAGAGGUGGUGAGGGCUGAGGAGAACUGCCCGAUCGAAAGGCAGUACCCAUUCCAGAUUGUGUACGACGAAGGCCCUCUCUACGUGUUUGCAAAGAACGAGGACGUGCGCAGCCAGUGGAUAAAGGAACUGAGCAGCAGGAUUCGCUUCAACCAGGAGCUCAUGCAGAAGUACCACCCAUGUUUUUGGAUAGGGGGAGAGUGGUCCUGCUGUCAACAGUCGGCCAAAAACGCCCCUGGAUGCUGUGUUAUCCAAGCGAUGAAUGCAUUUCAGACAUCUGGAACCUCCCGGCGUAAAUCCAGGAAGCCCCUCCCACCAACCCCGAAGGAAGAACAGGCAAUGAGACAGGCACCUGCUCCACAGCCCACCUCAGUACCCAAGAAGGUGGUGGUGGCCCUGUAUGACUACCAGAUCAUGAACCCCGAGGACCUACCCCUGCGCAAGGACGAGGAGUACUUUGUGCUCGACCACAGUGACCACAACUGGUGGCGGGCGCGAGACGCUCAUGGGAGGGAAGGUUUCAUCCCCAGUAACUACGUGGUGGAGUCUAUAAACCAGCUGGAAACCUACGAGUGGUACAACAAAGAAAUCACAAGAAGUAAAGCAGAGCAACUUCUGAAGCAGGAGGGAAAGGAAGGUGCCUUUCUCCUCAGGAACUCCAGUCAACCCGGGAAGUACACAAUGUCCGUGCUCAGCAAAACACCAGGGGAUCAGAGCGGUAAAGUCAAACACUACACAGUGUGUGUGACACCCAACAACCAGUACUACCUUGCAGAGAAACACAUGUUCAACACAAUUCCCGAGCUGAUCAACUACCACCAGCACAAUGCAGCAGGUCUUGUUACGAGGUUACGUCACCCUGUAUCCUGGCAGACGAAAAAGGUCCCUUUGACAGCAGGAUUUGGUUAUGGUGCCUGGGAGAUCAAUCCAGUGGACCUAACAUUCUUGAGGGAGCUGGGAGAUGGGCAGUUUGGUGUUGUGAAACAUGGGAAAUGGCGAGGGCAAUAUGAGGUGGCAAUCAAAAUGAUCAAAGAGGGCUCCAUGUCUGAGGACGACUUCAUCGAUGAGGCGGAGACCAUGAUGAAGCUGAACCAUCCCAAGUUGGUGCAGUUAUACGGUGUUUGCACUAAACAAAGACCCAUCUACAUUGUCACUGAGUUUAUGUCCAAUGGCUGCUUGUUGGACUACCUGAAGAAAUGUGGAAGAAAGCUGAGUAGCCUCCAGCUGUUGGAGAUGAGCAAAGACGUAUGUGAGGCCAUGGCUUACCUGGAGUCUUACAAAUUCCUGCACAGGGACCUGGCAGCCAGGAACUGCCUGGUGGACGAGGCAGGCACGGUGAAGGUGUCUGACUUUGGGCUGAGCAGGUAUGUUCUCGACGACGAGUACACCAGCUCACAGGGUUCCAAGUUCCCCGUGCGAUGGUCUCCGCCUGAGGUCCUCAACUUCUCUCGAUUCAGCAGCAAGUCUGACGUCUGGGCCUUUGGGGUCCUGGUGUGGGAGAUCUUCUCCCUGGGAAAAACUCCGUAUGAAAGGUUCAGCAAUGCCGAUGUGGUGGAGCACAUCAUCCAGGGUCGACGCCUGUACCGGCCACAACAGGCCACUGAGCACGUCUACAACAUCAUGUACAGCUGCUGGGAUGAAAAAGCAGAAAAUCGACCUACCUUCAGUUUGCUGCUCAGUAACAUCCAGGAGCUGGUGGAAGACGACAGCUAGAUAUGAGUAGUCCGACCACAGUUGGUCUGACUGCAGAGAAACCUUUGUUUAACCCUUUGCAACCAUUUUGCACGGUGAUACAAGACAGCAACGUUUAAAAACUCACAGUCUACUUCUAUGAACAGAGUUUUGAGCACAAAGGCAUUGCCACACACAAAGUACACGCGCACCCUCACUCAAAAGCACAAACAUUGAGCAAAAUAAAUCCUCAGUUCUAUUUAAAA